AGGAGCGAGAGGCGCCAGAGACCCCGAGAGUUCGGCGGCGACAGACAUCCCCCGAGAGCGACGGCCCGCGGGGCCCCAGAGGCGCUUCCCAGCCCGAUGUAACCCACGCACCCUGCCCGAGCCCCGGCCCUGCGCGGCGGGGGUAAUGUGAGCAGAGCCCAGGAAUGCCUUAUGUGGAUCGGCAGAACCGAAUCUGUGGGUUUCUGGACAUCGAGGAGAAUGAGAACAGCGGCAAGUUUCUGCGGAGGUACUUUAUUCUGGACACGCAGGCCAACUGCCUUCUCUGGUACAUGGACAACCCCCAGAACCUGGCAAUUGGGGCAGGAGCCGUCGGAUCUUUGCAGCUGACCUACAUCUCCAAGGUGAGCAUAGCCACCCCAAAGCAGAAACCCAAGACUCCGUUUUGCUUUGUCAUCAACGCCCUCUCGCAGAGGUAUUUUCUUCAAGCCAAUGACCAGAAAGAUCUGAAGGACUGGGUCGAAGCCCUGAACCAAGCCAGCAAAAUCACUGUACCCAAAGUUGGGAACCUGCCCCUGACCACCGAAGUUCUCAAGAGCCUAGCAACUCCUCUGGCCCUAGAGAAGAAGCCACAGGUGGCCUACAAGACAGAGAUCAUCGGAGGCGUGGUGGUACACACGCCCAUCAACCAGAACGGUGGGGAUGGGCAGGAAGGGAGUGAGCCCGGCUCCCACGCCAUCCUUCGAAGGUCUCAGAGUUGCAUCCCCACGACAGGCUGCCGUGUCCCCACCGGGCCCCCCCUCAUUAAGAGCGGCUAUUGUGUGAAGCAAGGGAAUGUGCGCAAGAGCUGGAAGCGGCGCUUCUUUGCGCUGGACGACUUUACCAUCUGCUACUUCAAGUGUGAGCAGGACCGAGAACCGCUGCGUACCAUAUUCCUCAAGGAUGUUCUCAAGACCCACGAGUGUCUGGUCAAGUCUGGCGAUCUGCUGAUGAGGGACAACCUGUUUGAAAUAAUAACCAGCUCCAGGACCUUCUACGUGCAGGCAGACAGUCCGGAAGACAUGCACAGCUGGAUUAAGGAGAUCGGGGCAGCUGUCCAGGCCCUCAAGUGCCACCCCAGAGCCGGGCACAGAACCUGGAGGCCAGUCAUCUGGUUUUAUCCUAUUCCUGUUCAUUGGCUGAAGUUUGACUGUGAAGUAGGAGGGAGGGAACUAACCCAGCUGAAACUGGGGGAAGUGGUGGGGGACACCCAGGCUCCAGCUUGGCCGGGAUACAUUCUGAGGGGAGGUGUUAAAAUCUGGGGCCCUGAAUGUCGACCAGGGCAGAUUUCCCCCUCCUCCAGGGGACCUCCAUAGGGGAAAAAAUAGGGACCUCUUGGAAGGAAUGGGAGAAUGCACUCCCAACCCCAGUGCAUCAGCCAGUUUUGGGAAUUACUCUGUUCUCUUUGAGAUGUUCUUUGACCCCAAAUACUGUCACUGUGAGAGACAGACCUGCCCACCCUGUUGCUGUGUCAGACCCUUAGGAUGGGUUUAUCAGUGUUCAGUGCUGAGAACAGAACAGACAUUGCCCUUGAUAUGGCGUUGCUUGGAAUGUGUGGAGGGUUGAUGAGUGUAUGAUAAUUCACUUGUGUGAUACAUCAAAUCUGUAUUUUAGAGUUUGAGAGUUGCUUUAAAGCAGGUGCCGGGAAGAGAUGGAGUUUAGUUCACCCAGCUAAAAAUUUUUGAUCCAUGUUUUUCAGACAGAAGAAGAGGUCUCUUUUCGCAAAGACAUAUUAUCUUGGGUCCUUGCCUCUCAGCUCUUCUUUCAUGGGCCGAUAGUAGUCUAAUUUUAAGUGCUGUAUAUUGUAUACCUUGGCAGAUUUGCUUUCUUUCUGUUCUUUGUGUUGCCCUUUGGAUGAUGCCUCGUGUCUGCACUUGCAUGAUGAAAUCUUGUCAUCUGACAAGGUUCUACGUACUUAACAGUGAGAAGAUAACAAAGAUAAUCUUGAGAGAUAUUUAUAUCUUUAAUAAAUUAGAAACUGUGCAGAGAAACAUUGAUUUAGAGCCUAUGCAUUGCUGGUUAGAGAUUUCCCAGGUAGAAGAGCAUAGAUUGUAUUUCCCAUCCCGUAUUUUAGGAUGUACCUUCUUCCAUUUGACAAGAGAUCCUACUUCCAGGGUCCCUGGGAGAAAUUAUCUGUCCAGCUUAUGUGAUGAACUGCUACCAAGGUUCCCUAAAGGGAGGGAGCUUAACUCAGUUCUAUCUAGAACUCCUUAUCAGCUAGAUCAGUUAAUUUUGUCUUUAAAUUAAGAAUUAACGAGUAGAGGAGGAGACUGUGAUCAGAAAAUCCUUAGUGGCUUGAGGGAAAUCUUCUGUUUGUUUCGGGCAGUGUAGUUUCCUUGAAGUCUGUGUCAGGUUGAGAACUCUUCUUGACCGUACUGCUUUGGAGAUAACUUUCACUUAAAUUGUUUGUCCUAGUGGUCCUGGUAUAAAAAAGGAAAUCUACUCUAGAUUUCUCUCUCUCUCUCUCUCUCUUUUUUUUUUUUUGCUUUUCUGCAGCCUCCUGUAUACUUUUGUCCUUAGAAAUCCCUGGUUUGGAGAUUAUUUAUUUAUGAGUGAUCAAGGUGACAACAUACUUCAAGUAGCCUGAUUUCAAGAAGCCAUUCCCAGUUCUUAAAGUUCUUUGUCUCAGGUUUCAUCUUCAGAUUUUCCUCAAGAAAAUUCUUUGGCUAGGUGAAAGAAAGUGCACAGAGAUAUGGAACUAACAAAGAUAAAUUAGGAACUUUUGAGAUCUCUGUAAACACUCCCAAACUCAUGGAAAGAUGUCAUCUCUUGGUGUUUAAGUUGUGAAAAUCUACCCAUUUCUUCCUCUUUUAAAUAAACUCUCUGCUAGAUUACUACUGCGAAAUUAAUUGGUCAUUAUGGUAAGCUGAUCUGUUUCUUAUUCAGUAAGGUUUAUUUUGAGAAUGUAUUAAAUUAAACAUACUUAUAAAUCCAGAUUGUAUUAUCAUAAUAGAGGGGAAACAAGGAUUCUAGUUGGCAGAUACGUGGGAAUUCCAAGUUAGAGCGUUGUUAAUGUAGUUCCGACAGCAGAUAAAUAUAAUUAUCUUCAAUGAAGCUUAGAGGCAUUCUCAUUGCCAAGUCUUAUUUCAGAAUUCCUUUUGUGUGCAUAUUUCUUAGCUUCUGGUUAAUUUCACAUCACACCUUUUAAUGUCACUACACAUGUGAGCCAAAGCUGGUGCAUAUACGACCAAAGCGUUUGGUUUCAAAUGUGAAAAAUGGAACCAAAUGGAGAAAACAAGGAGGGGAUGCAAUAUCAAUUAGUAGUUAAGUGCAUAGGCUUUGGAAUAAAUCUGUUUGUUUUGUUUUGUUUUUUUUAAAAAAGAGGAACCAAAAAAGGUACUGCAUUUUUGUGUGUGUGUGGAAUAAAAACUUUCUCUGAGUUGUGCUAUUUUCAUAAGACUUUUGACGUGGUCUUGACCCACUGUGUGUAACAAUUUCACGUGUCUCCCCAUAGGUGAACUAUUAUUGUCCAAGGUUCUUGAAAGUGAAGGAAUGGCGUGCUCAGGGUCAGCUGAUGGCUGGUGAACGUAGUUUUUGGCCUUUUGCAUUCUGUGAGAUGACAGUCGCACUAAGGUGUCCAUCAGGUAAAACGAUCUCAGGUGAAAAUUGCAGAGUUACACAUCUGUUUCUGAGUAGAAUGCUGAGCUCCCAUGAGAAAGAGUCCAACUUCAUAGUUCACUUGAAGCAGAAGGUGGUUUGUUUUUGUUUUAUUUUUUUCCCCCUGACUGUAACUGUGCUCUGAUAUGGGCUAAAAGGAUCCAAUAAAUAAGUGGCAGAUUCAGUAGUUGAGCAGUGGAUUUGAUAUAUUUGUUUUCACUGUUAACCAGAUAAAUAGGCAUAAGGAAGUAGCAGAGUUUUGGAAACUGAGUUUCCCAAAUCAGUUUUGUUUAUAAACUUUGAACUUGUCAGAAAUGGACAGAUUUAUUACAUCUUUUCUACCAAUGUCACUUUUUUUCCUUACUCCCUUUUUCUCUCUGUUACUGCCUGCAGUAGUGAAUUACAGUCACUCAUGCUCGGUAGGGUUUGAAUAAAGCGAAUAUUUGGCCAAAAAACGUACUGUUUGACCCCUUCCCCCGCUGCUCCCCAAGGUGUAGCAUGAUUCUGUGUUUUGAACCAGUAUGUUUCAGCUGUGAAAUGCACUGACUGUAGGCUGAGCUGAGUGCAUGGAAACUUAUGCUUCUCAUUUUAAGCGAUCUCCUACUUGGUAUGUAGCAAAAAAUAAUUUUCUAAAACUGUUUUGUCGCUUGUUUUGUAAUAAAAACCAUGUG